UUAUCCUAGCCUUUUUUUCAUUCCUAUAAAUUGGUCUCUCUCCCCCACAAAGCAGCCCCUCCUUCACCAUUUCCAUCACUUUGUCUCUCUAUAUUGGACCACGUACUCACUCAAGUUUCUCGUACACUUUACCAGUUAGAAGACAUGAAACCGAGAGCAGACAUGCACUUCCCUCUGCCACAGCAUGUGGCAGACAUAACGUGCAUGGACCCGAACCGGCCACCGCUCGUGGCGGAAAAGGUCUUCAAAACGGUGCGUUUCAUAGGCUUCUUCAUACAAAACGGCGUUUCGAAGAGCAAGGUGGUGGUUCAUGAUAUGCAGGACGUGAUGAAGCGUGGGAAGAACAUAGGGAAGGCGCUCAACGACGUCGUGGCUCGCCACCACCAGGCGCUGACGUGUCGCCCACGCGACGCGCACGUGGCCUUCGUGUCGCCGCUGGAGUACCAGUUCAGCUGCAGCGGGAGUCCACCGCGCCUUUCUUCGCAUGCCGGUCGGAGGAAUCUCUCACAGGCCUCCCCCGCCGUUCGCCGCUCGCCAGCGCACCGCGCGGUGAGGAUGUGCCGUGGUGGAGACGGCGGCGCCGACGGCACUAUACACAGGCGCGUGAAGAUCACGGGCUCCGCGGCUUCCAUGUUCAACGUCGACCGCGCGGAGAAGGAUUUUCACGUGGACGAGGCGGCGGAGGAGUUCAUAGCGAGGUUUUACAGAGAUUUGAGGUUGCAGAAAUGGUUGGAUCACUAUUGCUGACGUGUAAAAUAUGUGUGGUGAAAAAAAUUAUUUAACUAUAAUUAGUCUUCUAUGUAUGUUACCGUUAAUUACUGCAAUGGAUGUUCUUAGUAUGUUACGAACAAAUUAAAGCGUGGCUAGCUUCUUUACGUUUGCUUCUUUAAUUAACUUUUAUUUCCGUUAAUUAAGAAGUGUUAUUGGGUUGCA